GUGAAAGUAUCAAAAUUUAAAUUUAUAUUUACAUAAACAACAUGUCGGUUAAAACUAUUUUAGUAUUUGGUAUAACUGCUCUAUCGUGCAUAUCAUUUGUUUCAAGCGUAGGCCCACACAUGCCGCCAGAGAAAUGGCCGUUUUAUGAUGAAUGUCUAAAAGAAUCGGGAGCCUCGGCUGACGAUUUGAAAGUAAGUCCCUUCAAGAUGUCUCAUGAGAUCAUCUGUUUCCUUAAAUGUCACCAUGAAAAAGCCGAAAAUAUCGAUAAAGAUGGGAAAAUUAAACCAGAUUUACUUAUUAAGCAGAUUAAGGAGCACAUGGAGCUUACUGCAAAUCAAGAAAAGUCUAUCCUCGAUUGUCUAGGAAAAGUUCCUAAAAUUAACGUUUGUGAAGAUAUUAAAGAGGUUUAUAAAUGUUUAAAGGCUUUAAAACAUUAAAAUAGCUCUAAAUAGUCUCAAAAUAUUUUUGUUAAAUAAAAUAAUUUUUUCGUUA